AUGACCCCCCCACGCGGUCGCCCAUCUCCGCCAAGGUUGCGCGCAUCAUCCCCCCGCGUUUCGCGGGUGAUCGUCACCGCUGCUUCCGCCGGCUCCAGCGGCGGGCGCGGUCUCCCUUCCGACGAGCUUGCCCCCGGUACGUCCGGCUCCGCCAACGCCCCGCUGCGCUCCGUGCUCCCCGCGCAGUCCUGGAACUCCCAAGGAACGUCCCCGCGCGGAUCGGCGCAGCCUUCGAGCCCGCACCAGCAUGCGGCGCACGGUUCCCCCAUGAGCACCAUCGCCCCCAUGGCCCACUUGACCAGCUCCGCCAACGCGGCAGUAACCGGCGGAAACUCCCAGCGCGACUCCCACGUGUGCUCCGCGACUAACGUCACCGUCGCCGCCUCCGCCGCCGUUACCGCCGAGAUGGCUGGCGGGAUCUCCACCGCGCCCUCCGCUUCCGCGAUCCUCUCAUCUCUCCCAAGGCUCGCGUCCCUCCCCGCGCUCCCCGCCAUGCCCGCGCUGAAUCUUGCGCUUCCGCGCAUGCGGCGGCAGAAGGAGUGGUUCCAGGAAGAGUCCCCCACGAACGUCGCGGAUAUUCCCGUGGCGGGGCUGCGCACGGCGGAAGAGUUUGAGGCGGUGAUGAUGGAAGUAUCCAUGGCGGCCGGCGCGGCCAUGGGAUCGGCUGAGGGCCGGCUGGUCAUUGUGGAUUUUUUUGCGCCGUGGUGCGAUGCUUGCAAGGCCGUGUACCCAACGGUGUGCGAAAUCGCUGAGAAGAACCCCGAUGUUGUUUUCCUCAAGUUCAACCUGGCGGAUAAUAGAGACCUGGGCAAGGCCCUGGGAGUGAAGAUCCUCCCGUUCUUCCACUUCUACCGCGGCCAGCCUACCAGGCUCGAUGCCGUCUGCGCGACCAUCAAGACUUACCCUCGCCUUGAAAAAUCUGCUGAGGUUCUUGCGAGCAUGGCCGCGGUUGAGUGUGUGCGACGGCCAUGGCGUGGCGGAGUGGUCGCCGUAGUCCUUGUGGUGGUGACGCUGGCACUGCUUGUGCCUCGAGGCGUCACGGCUAAGCUCUCGACCAUGACGGUGUUGGAUAGCCCAAUCCGAGAUACUCAAUGGGUCGGACCCUCGGACGAGAUCGUGUUCACGGUCACGGAGGCAGGCCACGUGUGGGUCAGCAGGGAUGGAGGCGUGUCGUGGAACGACCAUUCCGCACAGGGGAAGUUACCCGGGGGAACGGACAUCCCAUCAGCCAAGGGUGCGUACGAGCCGCCCAAGGGAGUGCAGGCGUUCUACUUCCAUCCUUCCACGCCAGAAAAGAUGUUCUUCAGGGGCGGAGGCGACACGCACUGGAUCACCACCAACGCUGGCGAGUCGUAUGACAGGGUGGAGGGGCCGGCAGGGCACAUGGGAGUGGCCACAGUGCGUCUACACCCCAUGGAGAGCGACUGGGUGCUGGCGAUGGUGCGGCGAUGGGCGUGCUGGUCCAAGGACGAUACCCAGCGAGGGGCAUGCGCCGACGAUUUGUUCCUCACAAAGGACUUUGGCCGCACAUGGCAGAACCUCACAGAGAGGGCUCAGGGUCGCGUUCUUGGCUUUGUGGACUUUGACUGGGGCUGGAGCAAGACCCCUGGCCAAAUGAACCACCACACCAGCUACACUCGGGACACGAUCCUGGCAACGGUGUUUGAGAACCGGGACGAGGUGCGGGAGCAUCUGCGCGCCAACGGGGUGGCGCUGGCGACGGGGUGGGACGCGUACGUGGACUUUGUGCACACCAGCGACUACUUUGGCUCCAAGCACACGCGCACCGUGCCCUGCGGCAACCAGUUUGAGAUCAUGAACGACAAGCUCUUCCUGGCGGUGGCAGAGGGGUGCAGCGAGGCAGGAGCGCGCACUGAAGGCGGCCGUUCCGGUGUGCGGCUCAAGAUCUCCGCAGACUACGGGGGCUCCUUCCGGGACGCGUGCUUCCCACGCCCGCUCGUGCAGCGGGGGUACUCUGUGGUCCACACGACGGCAGACACGGCGUUUAUGAAUGUGGACUAUGCGGAGGGGUCGCGUGUGUCGCCGUACGGGGACCUGCUCGUGGCCGACGAGUCGCUCUCUCUGUUCGGGCUGGCUCUUAGGAGGAACGCCAGGAGCAUCAGCGGGGCUGUCGACUUUGCUGCUCUGCAGGGCCUGCCUGGAGUGUAUGUGGCAAAUCAGCUCUCCGAAUACGUGGAACCCCCGGCGGCGAAGCAUGGUGGUGCGGGCACCACAGAGGAGGAUGACAUGACAUUCGCCCGCUCCACCACCCUCAUCACAUUCAACUCUGGCGCCUCGUGGGAGCCCAUCAAGGCCCCAGAGUACGACACCAACCGCCACCCCAUCCACUGCGACCCGCGUGACGGCUGCUCCCUCCACCUGCACGGCACCACCAGCUGGAUCGGCGGCUCCGGUUUCGCCUUUGUCUACUCCCACGCCUCCACGCCCGGACUCAUCAUCUCCACAGGCAACGUGGGGACUUUCUUGUACCAGGACUCGACUAUCAACACGUAUCUGUCGCGGGAUGGAGGGCAGACCUGGGAGGAGGUGGCCAAGGGGUCUCAUAUCUACGAGUUUGGGGAUUCCGGUGGGGUGAUUGUGAUGACGAAGCACGGGCUGCAUACGGCGUCAAGCACGGUUAUGUAUUCGCUGGAUGAGGGGCUCACGUGGGAGGAGGAGGCGUUUGCAGAGGCGGAGCAGCAGGUGGAUAUUUUCAAUAUUCGGGUGGAGCCGGAUAACCAGGGGAAGAAGUUCCUCAUUCAGGGUCUGACUAUGGACGACGGCACUGGGAAGGCGAGGCAGGGGGUGCUAAUUUCUCUGGACUUCGCAGCGCUGCCCGAGUACAAGCUCUGCAAGAGCAGCGACUACGAGUUCUGGACGCCCACCGCCUCCCGCUGCUUCCUCGGCCAAAACAUCUCCAUCCAGCGCCAGCCCCGCUCAUCCAAGUGUUGGAACGGCGAGUCAUACAAGCGACCCGAGAAUCAGAUCACCGAAUGCGAGUGCUCCGAGAACGACUACCAGUGCGAUUUCGGGAUUGCUCUCACCAUGUUGGCGGCUCGGGGCCUACUCCCGGAUAGUAUCCUGCGCUACGUGCCUUACCUUGAAAAUGUACGCUACCAGAACCUUCGCAGCAACUUCCAGUCGCUCGCGCACGACUUUGGGCUGGGUGGUGGGGAUGAUGAUUACGAGGAGAUGUAUCGCAGGCCGUAG